UGAGUUGACGUGGAAGUGACUUGCGCAUGCGCUGUUUAACCUUACGUGGCAAAGUGCAAGUGAGGGUUAGAGAAAUGUCGUUUAUUUAUUAAUUUUUUCAAGUGUUUUGUUGGACGAUUUAGUGUACGUGUUAAUUUUUUACGUCCUGGAUUACAAAGUAUAAAAAAUGAAUCGUCAAUACCCUCCACAUCAGCAACAGUUCGGGUUGCCUCCUCAAGAGAUGUUAGGGGGGCACACUUCUCCUUUACCCCCAGGCCCUCCACCACCACAAGGUUUUCAGAAUGUUAAUUUAGGGCCCCAAAAACCACCACAACCUUACAUGUACCCUCCUGGACAAAUGCCCACAAACCCUAGGCCUGUGCCCCCAAGCCAAUUACCACCAGAACAGGAGCAGAAGCCUGAGCAGUUUGUGCCCCCAAUGCCUAAACCUGGAGGUGGUGUUCAAAAUGGGCCUCAAUUCCAAAAUGGACCUCCAAACUCAAUAAAUAAACAACUCCCUCCACAACAAAUGCCCAGACCUGGACCCCCUCCUCAACCUUACACUCAACCUCCUCCACCCUCCAACGACCAUCAAGGUCCUCCAGCACCUAGACAAUACCCAACACUCCCUGGACAACCUCCUUCAGUACCCAUUCAACCAAACCCAAUGUUAGCUCAACCUCCACCACCUAAUCACUUUAACCAACCGCCACCCAACCGUCAAUUUAAUCAACCUCCCAUGUCUAAUUUAAAUCAACCUCCAAUGCCUAAUUUAAAUCAUCCUCCAAUGUCUAAUUUAAAUCAACCUCCAAUGCCUAAUUUAAAUCAACCUCCAAUGCCCAAUCUAAAUCAACCCCCUCCAAUGCCUGGACCCAACCAAUUAGCCAAUCAAAUGCAAGGCAUGAAUUUGAGUGGACCUGCUCCUGGGGCAUAUCCUCCAGGUCCUUCAAUGAAAAGGGCAACGAAUGGAGAUGGGGGCCCCCAUAUGCCACCCCCUUUAACUCAACAACAAUACAUGAAUGGACAACAAAUGAGGGGUCAACAAGGGUUCGGACAGCCCCCUGUUGGAGGAGCUAUGGGGGCUUAUCCACAGCCUGCUUAUCAACAGCCACAACAAGCGAAACGACUUGAUCCAGAUCAAAUGCCGAGUCCUAUUCAAGUGACCCAAGACGAUCAGCAAAACCGCUCCGGUAUUUUUUGCACCAAUCAAAAAGGUUUGGUGCCUCCUUUAGUAACAACCAACUUUAUUGUUCAAGAUCAAGGCAAUUCCAGUCCACGAUUUAUACGUUCUAGCAUGUACAACGUGCCAAUAUCACAGGACAUAAUGAAGCAAACUGCAGUUCCCUUCAGUUUGGUCAUUAGUCCAAUGGCUCGAACAGUCGAUCAAGAAUACCCUCCACCUAUUGUCAAUUUUGGGGAACUAGGACCAGUUCGUUGUAUCAGAUGCAAGGCCUACAUGUGCCCUUUUAUGCAAUUUAUUGAUUCGGGAAGGCGUUUCCAGUGCCUUUUUUGUAAAGCAACAACUGAUGUACCCCAAGAAUAUUUCCAACAUUUGGAUCACACUGGUCAAAGAUUGGACCGUUUUGAACGUCCAGAACUUGUUUUGGGCACUUAUGAGUUCGUUGCAACUCCUGAAUAUUGUCGGAAUAAUACUUUACCUAAACCACCAGCUAUCAUUUUCGUUAUUGAUGUUUCUUACAAUAACAUUAAAUCAGGUUUAGUACAUUUAUUAUGUGCACAAAUUAAGGAGAUUAUCCAGCAUUUACCGGUGGAUCAAGGACAGGAAAAAAGCAAUAUGCGAGUUGGGUUUAUUACAUACAACAGCUCAGUGCAUUUUUACAACAUUAAGGGGAACUUGGCUGCUCCUCAAAUGCUAAUUGUUGGUGACAUCCAAGAAAUGUUUAUGCCCCUUUUGGACGGAUUUUUAUGCACACCGGAAGAAUCCGGUCCUGUUAUCGACGCAUUGAUGCAACAAAUUCCAGCAAUGUUUGGUGACACAAGAGAAACAGAAACCAUACUUUUACCGGCGAUUUUAGCAGGACUAGAGGCUUUAAAAGCGUCCGAAUGUGCGGGAAAAUUAUGCGUUUUCCAUUCGAGUUUGCCAACAGCUGAAGGACCUGGAAAAUUGAAAAAUCGUGACGAUCGUAAAUUACUAGGAACUGAUAAAGAACGAACUGUUUUAACACCACAAACACAAGCCUAUAAUCAGUUAGGUCAGGAUUGUGUAGCUGCCGGUUGUUCAGUUGAUCUUUUUAUUUUUAAUAACGCAUACAUUGAUAUUGCAACAAUCAGUCAAGUGUCGAGGUUGACAGGGGGCGAAGUUCACAAAUAUACAUAUUUCCAGGCCGAUAUUGAUGGUGAGAGAUUAAUAAAAGAUAUUAUAACGAAUAUCAGCAGACCUAUCGCAUUUGAUGCUAUUAUGAGAGUACGGACGUCAACUGGUGUCAGACCCACUGAUUUUUAUGGGCAUUUUUACAUGUCAAAUACCACAGAUAUGGAACUAGCAGCCAUUGAUUGUGAUAAAGCAGUGGCUGUUGAAAUAAAACACGACGACAAACUAUCUGAAGAAGAAGGUGUUUACAUCCAGGCGGCUUUAUUGUAUACGUCAUGUUCGGGUCAACGCCGCCUGCGCGUAAUGAAUCUUUCACUGAAAACUUGCUCACAAAUGUCCGACCUUUACCGAAACUGUGAUUGUGAUACGAUAAUCAAUUACGUUUCGAAACAGGCAACUUAUAAAUUAUACGAACAUAAUCCGAAAGCUGUAAAAGACAGUAUAGUGACACGAGCUGCGCAAAUUUUAGCAAGCUAUCGCAAAAACUGUGCUAGUCCAAGUAGCGCAGGUCAGUUGAUUUUGCCCGAAUGUAUGAAAUUAUUGCCUUUGUAUGUGAAUUGUCUAUUGAAGAGCGAUGCUCUGUCUGGAGGCUCUGAUAUGACAAUAGACGAUCGGUCGUAUGUUAUGCAGGAGGUCAUGAUUAUGGAUAUACCCACGAGUGUGAAUUAUUUCUAUCCAAGGUUGAUUCCUUUGAUUGAUUUGGAUGUGAGUCAAGAUCCUGUUCAGAUUCCUUCGCCUAUUAGGUGUACGAUAGAUAAAAUGAGUGAGCAAGGUGUUUAUAUCUUGGAAAAUGGGAUACACAUGUUUUUGUGGAUUGGACUUGAAGCCAAUCCUGAUUUCAUCCAGAAAGUUUUUGGAGUCCCGUCUGCCAUUCAAGUGGAUGUGGAAAAAGUUGCAUUGCCUGAAUUGGAUAAUUCGUUGUCGGUUGCUGUAAGAAAUAUUAUUGAAGAAAUCAGGAUACAGAGACAUAAAUGCAUGAGGUUAACUAUUGUUCGUCAGAGAGAGAAGUUGGAGCCCGUUUUUAAACAUUUCCUAGCUGAAGAUCGUGGAACGGAUGGAUCUCCGAGUUAUGUCGACUUUUUAAUACAUAUGCACAAAGAAAUUCGUUCGUUGUUAAGCUAGCAAUUGAGAAGAAAAUGAAUUUAUUUUCAUCAUUUAUUUUACUUGAAAUAUACUAUUUUUAUUAUUUUUUAAGGAGAAGGAAAUGUGCGGAUUCUUGUACUGGAAAAUAAAUAAAAAUACAGUUUCCACUUGAAUUAUUAUGUUACAAUGUUACUGUAGAUUGUUAUUUUACUUAAACUUGAAUGUAAAUGUUUAAUACAACAUAAGCUAAAGUAUGGAAUUAUUUUGUAUUUAUAUUUAUUGGUGCCCAUUUGAGAUCAUGUAUCAUACUAAUACCUAAUAAAAUAGCUGUAAGAAAA